UACCACUCUCUCAGUCUCCCUUCUUAUUUGAACCCAGGGGGUUUCGCUAAAAGAGACCAUGUCGCUAAUAUUGACAUGACGAGCUAAAUAUCGAACCCCAGAUAUCCAUAUUCACUCACCGUCUCCCCCGCCUACGCCUGCACAAUACUUGAUUGACAGUCACUGGCCCGCUGUAUCAAACCUCUUUACACGAGCACAGACCACGCUGUUCAGCCUGAUCCCUUCCUUGUGUCAAUUCUCCUGCGGCGCCGGCGCCCUUUGUUGUUCAGCUCCCACCACCGCACACAACGUUAGCCAAGAUAUCGUCACGUAUUGUCGGCGCUGCGGCCGGAUGUUGAGUCGAACAGCGAGCCGCUCCUACCCGCUCGUCCUGCAAAAGGGACCAUGAGCGCGACAUUCACAUUGCCAGUCGCCGCGACCGACAAAUGCAAUCAUGCGCCCGCUCAUUCCCAUUCACAUUCACGCUCCCACCAGAGACAGCGAGGGAACAGCCGGCUUACCGCACCUUUCCCUCUGGCGCGAAUCCCCUCCGAGUCGGUCGUCCAGCAGAGCGACAUGACUCGUCUACCUCCAGUCGACACGGACCUGCAUCAGCAUAGCCAUACAAGCCGAGCCCCUAGUCAUGACCUCUCAAAUGGUCACUUUAUUCCUAAGAGGAGGGACACUGAAAAAACAGCCUACUCAUCUCCGAGCACGUCGCGGCCACGAAUUCAUCGACAUUUGUCAAAGCCUACACAAUUGUUAUUACACUCCACCGAGAACUAUUCAUUGCUGCAUGGCAUUCUUGCCGACGACGAGUCAAGACGAAUAUUCUACUUCAUGAUACUGAACCUGUGCUUCAUGGUGGUUCAAUCGACCUAUGGCGUUCUCACCGGCUCUCUGGGACUCAUUAGCGACAGCAUACAUAUGUUCUUCGACUGCGUCGCAUUACUAGUGGGCGUUUGCGCUGCAGUCAUGAGCAAAUGGCCCCCGAGUCUCAAGUUUCCAUACGGAUACGGGAAGGUCGAUACGCUUGCAGGAUUAGGAAAUGGCAUUUUCCUCAUGCUCAUCAGCAUCGAAAUCAUUUGGGAAGCAGUGGAGCGACUGUUCACUGGGGCUGAUGUUAGCCGCACCGUGGAGCUUCUGGUGGUGAGCACCGUCGGUCUCUUUGUAAACAUGGUUGGUAUAAUGGCCUUCCAUGGAGCGCAUGGUCAUGGCCAUGAUCAUGGCCACAGUCAUGAUCACCACGACCACGACCACGAUUUGAAGCGCACGCACAGUCAUGCAGGAUCUGACCUGCCAUUGACCGCCUCUGCAUCACCAGUGAAAGGCAAAAAAGCUGCAAGUGGACAUCAUCAUGGCAGCGAAAACAUGCAAGGCAUAUACCUGCAUAUCAUGGCUGACGCACUCGGAUCUGUGGCCGUCGUUGCAUCGACACUCCUCGUCCGAUGGACUGGAUGGAGCGGAUGGGAUCCGCUGGCCUCAUGCAUCAUUGCUAUCCUCAUUUUCGCCUCGACACUUCCUUUGGUCAUGACGACCACGAAAACUCUUCUUCUCUCGCUGAAUUCGGAUAUUGAGUACAACCUUCGUGGCAUCCUUAGUGGUGUGGCCGAGAUACGAGGUGUGGUGGGCUAUACGGUCCCAAAAUUCUGGCUCGAGGAUAUCAAGAAGGAUACUCAUGACCACGGCCAUGGACACGACCAUGGGCAUGACCAUCAUGGCCAUUCCCACAAAGACAGUAACGCCAGUUCUGGACACAGUGAUGAAGAUCCAACAGUGCAUGGUGUAAUACAUGUUAUCGCCUCACAGACUGCAGAUCUUGAGGAUAUUAGGGAAAGAGUAGAUGCCUACUUGCGUACGAGGAAAAUGGACGUGGUCAUCCAGAUGGAACGAGAAGGUGAAAACAGAUGUUGGUGUGGUGGUGGGCAAAAGUCGUAAUUGUCAGAAUACGCGAAGGGUAAACACAAGCUGGUAAAGCGUGAAUGGACUUCUGCUUUGAUCAGCUUUGAUCAUGAACGACCUGAUAAGGAUUAACGAUAUCAUAUGUAUCUAAUGGUUCAUGUAGAGGAUGCAAUGAACAAUGGACAUUGAACCACU